AACACUUCAAGUCUAAGGCCCGCCAUAUUUCUUUCCUGUGUGCGUUGUGGAACUCACCGUUUCAAGAUGAGUUCUCUAAAGCUACAGAAGAGGCUAGCAGCCUCUGUUAUGCGAUGUGGUAAAAAGAAAGUGUGGUUGGAUCCAAAUGAAAUCAAUGAGAUUGCAAACACCAAUUCCCGACAGAACAUCCGUAAGAUGAUCAAGGAUGGUCUCGUCAUCAAGAAACCCGUAGCAGUGCACUCGCGCGCCCGCGUUCGCAAGAACACUGAAGCUCGUAGAAAGGGUCGUCACUGUGGAUUUGGUAAAAGAAGAGGUACUGCUAAUGCGCGUAUGCCUCAAAAAGAACUAUGGGUACAAAGACAGAGGGUACUCCGUAAGCUGCUUCUUAAGUACAGAACAGCUAAGAAGAUUGACAGGCAUCUGUACCACGCUCUGUACAUGAAGGCGAAGGGUAAUGUGUUCAAGAACAAGCGUGUCCUUAUGGAGUACAUCCACAGGAAGAAGGCUGAGAAGGCCAGGACUAAGAUGUUGAGUGACCAGGCUGAGGCCCGUCGUAACAAGGUGAAGGAGGCUCGCAAGCGCCGUGAGGAGCGCAUCGCCGCCAAGAAGGAGGAGCUCCUGCAGUCCUUUGCUCGUGAGGAUGAAGCCGCCGUCACCGCGAAGAAGUAACUCUAAGUAACCCUAUUGUAAAAAAAAAAUGAUUCAAUAAAUGUUUUGAAUCCA